GGAGCAACAGGUCAUCGGGCCCCCAGGCGGAGCAACGGGGCACCCAAGUCACCAGGCACGACAGUGGGCUCCGAGUCAAUGGUAUGACCGCAGGGCACUGGGUCAGGACAUUGUAUCGAUCUGGCUGGACAGCGGGCAUCGGGUCACCAGGCAUCAGGUCAUUUGGCUCGACAGCGGGCACCGCGUCAUCUGGCAAGGCAGUGGGCUCCGAGUCAACUGGUAUUGGAUCGUCUGGCUGGACAGCGGGCACUGGGUCACCAGGCAUCAGGUCAUUUGGCUCGACAGCGGGCACCGCGUCAUCUGGCAAGGCAGUGGGCUCCGAGUCAACAGGCACGACAGUGAGCACCGGGUCAUCAGGUACCGGAUUGUCUGGCUCGACAGCGGGCAUCGGGUCACCAGGUAUGAUGACAGCGGGCACUGGGUCACCAGGCAUCAGGUCAUUUGGCUCGACAGCGGGGCACGGAUCAGGUACCGGAUCAUCUGGAUCAACAGCGGGCAUCGAGUCAACUGGCCUAAUAGGAUCGUCAGGCUGGAUCAGUUAUCAUGCUGGGUAGAGGCAUCAGGCUGAAUGCCGGCGU